AUCCUUUUAUGAAGAUUCGCGGUCACCGCUGUUUUCCUUUCGACGUAGACGGACGAGAGCUUUCUGAGUUUCUGUAACCUUCGCCAAAGUCAAUGGAUGGAGUCGUGGUUUCGUGGGGCGCAAUUAAGUUGUCGGCACUAUAUAACAACCCCAUGUUCUUCAUUCUGACAACGUCGUAUCAGUGGAGCAUAUGACCAUUCGCAUUCCUCGGUCCAGCUUGCAGGCGAGAAUGGCUGAAGAGAUCAGCAAGGCCUCCGCCGCCGCAUCAGCCUCUGCAUCUGCUACAACAACGCCCGUUACAUCAUCGACGAUAUCCAGAUCGCUGUGGCCCUCUGUUCUCCGUUGGAUCCCUACCUCUACUGACCACAUCAUCGCCGCCGAAAAACGCCUUCUCUCUUUAGUCAAGACUCCAUAUGUUCAAGAGAGGGUUAAUGUAGGUUCCGGCCCACCUGGCUCCAAAGUCAGGUGGUUUCGUUCAUCAAGUGAUGAGCCAAGAUUCAUCAACACAGUUACUUUUGACAGUAAAGAUGACUCCCCCACCCUUGUUAUGGUUCAUGGAUAUGCUGCAUCUCAAGGUUUCUUCUUCCGGAACUUUGAUGUACUUGCUAGUCAUUUCAGGAUCAUUGCAAUUGAUCAGCUUGGUUGGGGUGGAUCAAGCAGGCCUGACUUCACAUGCAAAAGCACUGAAGAAACAGAGGCGUGGUUCAUUGAUUCCUUCGAGGAAUGGCGUAAAGCCAAAAACCUCAGCAACUUUAUACUACUUGGCCAUUCUUUUGGAGGCUAUGUCGCAGCUAAAUAUGCUCUGAAGCAUCCAGAGCAUGUUCAACACUUGAUUUUAGUUGGACCUGCUGGAUUUUCCUCAGAAUCAGAUGGUAAGUCUGAGUGGCUUACUAAAUUCAGAGCAACAUGGAAAGGAGCUCUUUUGAAUCAUUUGUGGGAGUCAAAUUUUACUCCUCAAAAACUAGUCAGAGGUUUAGGCCCUUGGGGUCCAAAUCUAGUUCGCAACUACACGACUAAUAGAUUUGGUGCAUAUUCAAGUGGGGAUGGGUUGAAUGAAGAGGAGUCCAGACUGUUAACAGAUUACGUAUACCAUACUCUUGCGGCUAAAGCUAGUGGAGAGCUGUGCUUAAAAUAUAUAUUUGCCUUUGGAGCAUUUGCUCGGAUGCCCCUUCUCCACAGUGCGCCAGAAUGGAAAGUACCAACAACUUUUAUAUAUGGUUUUCAAGAUUGGAUGAACUACCAAGGAGCCCAAGAAGCUUGCAAGCAAAUGAAGGUUCCAUGUGAAAUCAUUCGAGUCCCUCGGGGAGGGCAUUUUGUAUUCUUGGACAAUCCAGGGCGUUUCCAUUCAGCCGUAGUAUAUGCAUGCCGUAGGUUCCUCUCCAUUGCAGAAGAUCAGCAUCAGUCGCUUCUCCAAGGACUGACAUUGGCCUAAAAGAGAGAGAGAGAGAGAGAGUAUAUGUGGUAAAAUCUUAGAACCUGAUUAGGACUAUUUUCCUCAAUGAUGUUAUGUUUGAUGAAGUCAUUCUUUUACAAUGUUGUAUAUAUUUAUUUUUUUAUAUCAACGCUGUAGACGUCUAACGAAUGUACAUUCUUACUAGAAUGGAAUGGAUGAUUCAUUGCCCUAAUGCUAGGUUCAUAUUUAUUA